AUGGGAUUGCGCAGAGGAAGUGUGAUCUCUUGGUCCGAUCUACCGGAAGAACUUGUGGAGAGGAUCGGAAAAUGUCUCGUCGACAACCCUUUCGACGUCCUUCACUUUCGUGCAGUCUGCAAAACAUGGCGUUCCUCAAUUCCUCCUUUCAAAAGCAACUCUCCUGAUUUAUCUCUUCAAUUACCCUUUCCACUCGAUUAUCACCCGAAUACGUUCCCUGGAUUUUAUCUUAUCGAAAACACCGUUUAUCUUUUCCAAUUACCUCCUGAUCGUGAUACUUCGCUUGAUUGUAGAGGCUGCUGGUUGGUCAAGGUGACAAAAACUGCUGAUGGAAAAUUGCAGGUUUUUAAUCCACUCAACGUUUCACCAGAUAAUAAUAAUAAUAAUAAUAAUAUGCCUAAGCAAAUGUUGAAGAAAGAUACUCAACUCAACAUACAAUUCGCUCAACAAAUUGGCUAUACAUUGCACUCCUUCCUCUCAGAACUUCCAUACGUUUUUCUGAGAGCCACUCGCCAUGUUUGUGCAGUUAGAGAGGCUUUUGCUACCUAUGCUCUUGCUGAACCCGGAGAGACAGUUUAUAUGGGAAAUGCUUCAACAGCAAAAGUUGAAGGAUAUGGGAAGUCGUGGGAUGGGAAUUGGACUAUAUUAAAAGAUGGAAGUUUCAGAAUAGUCGAUAUCAUUGUGUAUAAGAGGAAUUUUGUUGCUGUUGAUCGAUGUGGCAAGACUAUAGAGUUUGAUUCUUCCUCAUUCAAUGAGACCAUAGUAUCUCCCAUAUUACACGACAGGGAUACAGGCAUACAGCCCGUGGAAUCAAACGGGCAGUUAUUUUUGGUUGAUAUGGUUUUAGAUUAUAAUAAGACGGAGAAUGUUGAAUUUAGAAUAUACCAGCUGGAUCAAGAACUACAUAAGUGGAUUGCAGUGCAUUCGUUGGGUGAUGGAAUUUUCUUUAUUAGUUAUGACUAUUGCUUCUCAGUUUCUUCACAAGAUUUUGGUCAUCACUGCGCAGGAAAUUGCAUUUACUAUGCAGACAGAGAAGAAGGUGAGCUUGGACCAGGUUUAUCCUUCCUUGAAUUUGAAGACCUUUUCUGGCCACUAGCAUCUCGGCCUAGUAAGGAACCUCCUUCAGAUGUUCAGUGA